ACGUGUCUCUGUAGGCAGCCUAGGCUCUGAGAUCUGCACACAAAAACAAUUGUUAACAAGUGUUGCCAACCACUCAAUGGCAAAAUAAAUUGUUCCAACCAAUAAUCGACGAGCGUUCAGGAGAGUUUCAAUUGCACGGGAGGGAGGGAGAGGGAGUAGCGAGCUAGCUCUCAGUUUUGUUUGAACGUCAACAGAAGUGGCGUUACCCCGCCAUCGCUGAUACAACCUUCAAGAGGCACUCUAUCUCCAAGGAAUCAGUUAUGUGAUCAAAUAGAUGUGAUGAAACAUGACUCAUAUAAUAAAGAAUUCUACACUAUAAACUCUCCAAUGAAGACAUAAUUUAUCACAAACACAUUCUUUACUUUUCACUAUGAUCACAGGCCCAGUGUUUAGAGUUGUUGAAGAAGUUGUUUCUCCUUUAGAGAGCAGAGCAGGUUUCCCUUCAUUUCAGGUCAGUCUCAGAGAUGAGAGUGGAGUGGAGGUGAGGUGAGGUGCAGGAGCAGCACUUCUACCCGUGGCCUACAUGGGGCAGCAGCCACACUGACACUCUGUCGCCACUGGGUGGCAGUACAGAUCCAUGGAUCGUUGGUCAGUACAGUACAGCUUAAAGAUCACUGGUCACCAUGGUCUCCUUUGACACACACACAUACACAUGUGUGCAGCUCUACACCAAACACACACACACACAAAUAACCCACACACACAUACAUAGUGUGACUGCAUGGAUUGAUGUCUCACCCAGGGAUGCAUCCAUAAUUGGUAUCCGCUGUGUCUGUCUGUCAUACACACACACACACACACUGGGAUAGAGAGAGACAUACGUACAGUACAUUCUCAGAUAAAGUUGCUGUCACCUCUCCUUAUCAAUGUGGCAGCCACUCCUCCUGAUGAUAAUACAGGAAACCAAAAGUGCCCUUUCACACUGCUGUCUCCUCUCCUGCUGUGUGUGAUCGGGACAAAACAUGGCGCACGCUUCAGCCAAAAGACAAAAGUAUUUCACUUGUCCAGUUUGUCUGGAUCUACUAAAGGAUCCAGUCUCAAUUCCAUGUGGACACACAUAUUGUUUGGGCUGCAUUAAAGGCUGCUGGGAUCAGGAGGAUGGUAAAGACAUCUACAGCUGCCCCCAGUGCAGACAGACAUAUAGGCCAAGACCUGCUGUCAGUAAAAACACUCUGAUUGCUGAGAUGGUGGAGGACUUUAGAAAGACUGGACUCCAGGCUGCUGCUCCUGCUCAGUGUUCUGCUGGACCUGGAGAUGUGGAAUGUGGAGUCUGCACUGGGAGAAAACUCAAAGCUGUGAAGUCCUGUCUGGAUUGUCUGUUGUCUUACUGUGAGGCUCACUUCAAAGUUCACAAUUAUGUAAAUCCAGGAAGAAAACAUUCAGUGACUGAUGCCACAGGACAGUUACAGGAGAGGAUCUGCCCCCGUCAUCAGGUGUUUGAAAUAGUUUGUCGUACCGAUCAGAGUUGUAUCUGCUAUCUGUGUACGAUGGAUGAACAUAAAGGCCAUGACACAGUCACAGCUGCAGCAGAAUGGAAAAACAAACAGAAGCAGUUGGGGCAGACCCAGAGGAGAUUCCAGCAGAGAAUCCAGGAGAGAGAGAAGGAGCUGCAGGAGCUGAGGAAGGCUGUGGAGACUCUCAAGAGCUCUGCACAGACAGCAGUGGAGGACAGUGAGAGGAUCUUCACUGAGAUGAUCCGCUCCAUUGAGAGAAGGCGCUCUGAGGUGACAGAGCUGAUCAGAGCUCAGGAGAAGGCUGAAGUGAGUUGGGCUGAAGGACUCCUGAAGCAACUGGAGCAGGAGAUUGCUGAGCUGAAGAGGAGAGAUGCUGAGCUGGAGCAGCUUGCACAUACAGAGGAUCACAAUUAUUUCCUCAAGAAUGUUGUGUCAGUCACUGCUCCUCCUUGCAGUACAGUUCCAACCAGUUUGACCUUCAACCAGAGUUUCUCUUUUGAGGCUGUGAAGGAAACCAUCUCUGCAGUGAAGGUGCAGCUGGAGGAGAAACUGGAUGGCAUCUUCAAGCAGGAAGUAGCCAAGAUAUCUGCAGCAGUGACACAGAUAAUCCAGUCUUUAGAAUUAUCCAGUGAUAUCCAGGCUUAUUUUCCUGAACCAGUGACCAGAGAGGAGCUCUUGCAGUAUUCCUGUCACUUCACACUGGAUCCAAACACAGCACACAGACGCCUCCAUCUGUCUGAGGGGAACAGGAGGGUGGAGUACAGAGCUGAGCUCCAGUCAUAUCCUGAUCAUCCAGAGAGAUUUGAUGUGUGUCCUCAUGUGCUGUGUAGAGAGGGUGUGUCUGGACGCUGCUACUGGGAGGUGGAGAGGAGUAGGUUGGUUGAUAUAGCAGUCUCAUAUAACAGCAUCAGCAGGAAAGGACAGAGUAGGGAGUGUGUGUUUGGAUAUAAUGAUCAGUCCUGGAGGCUGUUCAUUACCAGUUCCAGCUCCUCUUUCAGGCACAAUAAUAAAGAGACUAAACUCCCUCUAGUGGCCAGCUCCAGAAUAGGAGUGUAUGUGGAUCACAGGGCAGGAACUCUGGCCUUCUACAGCAUCUCUGACACAACGACCCUCCUGCACAGAGUCCAGACCACAUUCACUCACACACUCUACCCUGGGUUUUGGAUAAGUACCAAAUCAUCAGUGAUGCUGUUAUGACCCGCACUGUAUACAGCAGGACAUUACAGUAAAUGUAAAGAACCCAGAUGCAGAUAGAUGCUGUUAUCACAUCCACACACACCCCCAUAAAGACAUCCCAUCUCAUCAGCACACAUAUAAGCCACCACUCACAUGUAAGGAUCUGGCAGCUGCCUCUCAGCUGCCUGAGAUUCUCUAUUCUUGUGGAAAACAAAAGACCAAAACCACUCCCUCAAGUUAUUGGGUGGCCUGACGCAGCUAUACCCUCCUGAGAACCAAGAAAUAAAAGUGCCCAACAACUUCUUUUUUUGUGAUUUCCUUUCUAUUUAGGAUUAAAAAAACAUCUUACAAUUUUUUUUUUAUUUUUAAUUUUAUAGCAUGUCCCCUGUGGUGGACAAAAGGACCGUUUUACUAUGAAAAGGUAGCCAUGAAAAUAGACAAAAAUGGACAAAUUAUGCUUUUAGUGGUAUUAAAUUAAGGGUAAACUUAACCAAAUAUAAGGGAA